AUGCGCUUUGCAACCAUCGUCGCUUCCCUCACCGCCGCUGGCGUCGUCAACGCAAGCCCAACCGCCGUCAUCCGCGCACCGCCUGCCGACAAGGCUUAUACCUUGCACAUCGAGGCUGCUGAGUGUAACACCGGAAAGUGUCUGGAGGUUCUCGCUGCCGCAGGCUGCAUUGCCCUCGCCAUCGCUAAACGAAGCGUCCCGUCUCUUCUCGGCUGUGUUAGUGGUGCCACCGGCAAGCUGUGCGGCUGUGCUGGCUGCAUCGAUCCUCUUGGCGACUUCCUCGAAGAGCAGAAGGUCUGCUAA